AUGACUGCCGGACAGUCAGAUGAACCUGAAAGAAUAAAUUUGGAUCAUAUGAUGGACAAGGCAAGAAAACUGUGGGAUAGAUCUCCUCAGCCAGUCAAGAGCUUCCCUUGGAACAGAGCAUUGGAAACUUUUAUCCAACUCAUACUUGACCUUAUCCUGGCAGUUAUCAAAUACUUGUAUGUACCUGUACUGGCAGUGACUGCCCUUAGUGAGAUGUCUUAUUGUGCACAUGAAAAGAAGCUAUAUCUUGUCCCUUUUCCUUUUCUUGUUGGUGUUGCCGUUGCGGGGGUCUUAAGAGAGACGGCAUUGGAAUCAUCUCCACUUCUCAAGAAUGCAGAGGUGCCCUGGCAUCUUAUUGCCGUUGCGAUUUUCUUCAUGUUGCUCAAGUUGCCAGGCCCGUAUUUCCCAUACUGGGGGCGCAUAUUUAUUCCACACUUCGCAAAUGGGGUAUUGUUGAGGACCCUGUGGUUUGCAUUUCUGUGGUACAGAAGGCCCCAGAAGACAUCAGGAACAAGCAAGCUCUAA